AGAGGGCUGGUUGUUCUGCUGCAGUUGGCAGGCUGCUGCGGGAGGCGGUGGCGGUAGGAAGCCUGAGGCUGCGGGGUGACAGAGUUGGAAAACAUUUAACUCUCAACAAAUGAAUUCCAUACUUGAACUCUGCCACAUUCCUGUGCCACCUCCUCCUUUAGAAAACUGAUCUUAAGACAGGUAAAAUUAUGACCUUAACUUUAAAAAAAUAGAUGAAGAAUAAUUUUCUCGUACGAGUAAAACAUGUUAUUAAGAGUUUUUGGUAACCUUUGAUAUAAAAAGAAGAAUAGAAGGUAACGGAAGAUGCUGGGAUCAGAACAAGCUGUUGUAGAAGAAUGGUUAUCAGAGUUCAAGGCAUUACCUGACACUCAAAUCACCAGUUAUGCAGCAACUUUACACCGGAAAAAAGCACUUGUACCAGCACUCUAUAAAGUUAUUCAAGACUCAAACAAUGAGCUCCUGGAGCCUGUCUGCCACCAAUUGUUUGAGCUCUAUCGCAGCUCUGAGGCUCGACUGAAGAGGUUCACCCUGCAGUUCCUGCCUGAACUGAUAUGGGUGUACCUGCGACACACAGUCAGUCGGGACAGGCAGAGCAAUGGCUGCGUUGAAGCGCUUCUCCUAGGAAUUUACAAUUUGGAAAUUGCUGAUAAAGAUGGAAACAAUAAAGUGUUGUCUUUCACUAUCCCUUCAUUAUCCAAGCCUUCAAUAUACCAUGAACCUUCAACCAUUGGUUCCAUGGCUUUGACAGAAGGGGCAUUAUGUCAGCAUGACCUCAUCAGAGUUGUCUAUAGUGACCUUCAUCCUCAGAGAGAAACAUUCACUGCACAAAACCGAUUCGAAGUCCUGAGUUUUCUCAUGCUAUGCUAUAAUUCAGCCAUUGUGUAUAUGCCUGCUUCAUCUUACCAAUCUCUUUGUCGAAUGGGUUCCAGGGUUUGUGUAAGUGGAUUUCCACGGCAACAGGAGAAACAGUGGAAGGAACUCUGUGGUCGAAUAGUAUUAGACCCUGAAUUUAUGGUGCAGCUACUCACUGGACUUUACUAUGCUAUGUAUAAUGGACAGUGGGACCUUGGCCAGGAAGUGCUUGAUGACAUCAUUUAUAGAGCUCAGCUAGAACUCUUUUCUCAGCCACUCUUGGUGGCCAAUGCCAUGAAAAACUCAUUACCAUUUGAUGCACCUGAUUCUUCACAAGAAGGCCAGAAAGUACUUAAAGUGGAAGUCACUCCGACAGUGCCGAGGAUCUCUCGGACUGCAAUUACAACAGCUUCAAUCCGUCGCCACAGAUGGAGAAGAGAAGAUGGCUUUGACUUCUCAAACGAGGCUGACUCGAGUAUUCCUGGCUCCCCGAUCCAACACGGCUCCACUGACCUAGGGAUCAAACGUGUGCAAGAGGGGGAGGUGCUGGUGCGCAGGACCCCUGAGCAUGGCUCGUCGGAGCCCAACUCAGCAGCAGCCACAACAGAGGGUGCUGAGGGUCUAAAUGGAGGAGAGGAGUCUUUAAACAUGAAUGAUGCAGAUGAAGGGUUUUCAUCAGGGGCUUCCCUCAGCAGCCAGCCACAUGGGACCAAGCAACCCUCCUCCUCUCAGAGGGGAAGCUUACGGAAAGCAGCAACUGGGCGGUCUGCUGUCAAAUCCAACGAGAGCCCUCGAGAUUCAGCAGUUCGCAAGCAGUUUGUACAACAACCAGCCGAUCUUAGUAUAGAUUCUGUUGAGCUGACACCGAUGAAGAAACACCUGAGCCUGCCUGCUGGCCAGGUGGUGCCAAAAACCAAUAGUUUAAGUCUAAUUCGGACAGCCAGUGCUUCCUCCAGUAAAUCAUUUGACUAUGUAAAUGGCAGUCAAGCAAGUACCAGCAUUGGGGUUGGCACUGAGGGAGUUACUAAUCUAGCAGCUACAAAUGCUAAUCGAUAUUCAACUAUCAGUCUACAAGAAGACCGGCUAGGUCAUGCUGGUGAAGGUAAAGAGCUCCUCAGCCCAGGAGCCCCGUUAACCAAGCAGUCUCGAUCCCCAAGUUUCAAUAUGCAGCUAAUAUCCCAGGUGUAGUUUUGAUGUCCCCUCAUUCUGCUUACAUUUUAAACUGAACAUUUCAUUGUGCAAGACACUUCAUCCCGCAUUGUGAAAAAACGUCGUUGUAAUCAGAUCUGAUUUAGCUUAGGUAUCUUCAUACUGUAUUUUGUAUGGAAACAGCAAUAAGGUUUUCUUUUCCCUUCUUUAACCUCUCCACCUCUUCCUUGUAAAUGUGUUUGUGAAGCAGUGUAAAAUGUUUGCCUUUCCCAGGCCUUUCUUUCUCCUUGGGUGAUGUGCAAUCCAUCGUAGGCUGAUCGGUCCCAUUUCAACACUGUGAGACUGAGGGUAUGUUAGAGGAAAUGGUGUAUAUGAUCCCUAUGAAAUGAUUCUUUGGCUUUUGUUUAAAAAAAAAAAAAAACGGGUUUGUUCACAUAAUCUAUGGAACUAUGAAGAUAACUGGAUCAUAUUUUUUUCUCUCUCUUAACCAGGAGUGCCUCAGAGAUUCUGCUAUGACUUUGGGCUUCUCUGAGUCUGUGCAAUGUGUAUUCUUGAGAAGCAUGGGGGAAGGUGGUGGACUGCUGCAGUUUUUCAUUAAAAUGAGGCGAACUGCCCCCUCUUUAUCCCAAGGACAUAAACAUUUAAUUAUUGAGGCAUUUAAAUCAACUUGUGACCACCCCUAUUGGAGGGCGGGCUCUAAGUUGAUUGUGUAAUGAUGAUGCACUUUCUCAAUGGCUCUCUAGUCAUUAACAACAUGUCUUCCCUCUUCCCACAAGGACUUAAGGACAUCUCUUGUCUUUAAAGUUUGAGCUUACAAAUCAGAGACUCCAAGGGGCAUGUUCUAUUUCCUAGGAAUGAUUGACAUUAUGGUGCUGGGGUUUUGUGGGGGAAGGGUGUUCUUUGUUUAGUUUUUGUGAGAUUGUAUAUGGGGUGAAGUUAUAAUUGUUUUCUUUUUUUCCUUUCCUUUGUGAGUUGAUGAUGACUGAAGUAGAAACUGUACAUCUUCAGGUAAAAAGAGGGAUUUCUCAGUCCACUUUCUGUGAUGUCAGAUUAUUGGAGAAACCCUUUGAGCUGCUUCCUAGAUGUACCUCAAUUCAGUCAGAUAAUGGAUAAAGAAACCUAAAGUCCUGAGAUCAUAUACUCCAAGGAAAUACAUCAGGGAUAGAUAAUUGGUUGAAAACACUGAUGCUUCAAUGUGACACAUUUUUAUAGAACAUUUCUACCAGAGGGUACUGACUUGAUUUCUCCACAAGGACCACACUGCCUUUGUGUUUAAUGCAAUUCGUGUAUCUUCUGAGUAUCUGCAGAGUUUCCUGUUUUUUAUAAAACUUUGAAAUCCUGCCAGUAAGCUAGAUGUCGAAUGUAAGUAGCAUUUGGCAGCUGCUGAGAGGCUCCAAAAAUACAUUGUCAGUUUAAACUUUCUUGUUGUGAUUUGGUUGGGAAGAUUUUCUUAGAUAAUCUCUUCUGGGUCUCAGGCUUUGUUUGAAAAAGAAGGGAAUAUAUUGGGAUUUUGAAAAUCAGUAUUGUGACUUCAACUGUUAUGAAUUAUUUAUCUCAAAAACAUGAAUUACAUAUGCCCUCCUACAUGUAGACAUUUUAUGUGUUAUUGUGAAAGAAAAUUAUACUGCCUUUAUAGAAAGCAAGUGUUCUCUUAAUUGACAACGUUGUUUUAUCUCUAUUUACAGUAGAAUUUGAUAAAUUAAAUAACCAGGAAAAUGCCUCUUUUUUUCCCUACACAUAAACCACCACUUUUGGAAGAGUUGUUUGUCUGUUUGUUUAUUUGUUUAGGCGGUUUUGUGUCAGAAUAAUUUUUAAUUAGAUUUGAUAGUCUAUAACAUUUUUCAGCUCCCAGCAAAACAGAACCUCGGCUAUUAUCCAUAUCAUUGCCAAACUUUGGAAUAAAGCUAAAAGCUAAUAUGUGAUUUAUUGAUUUUUAUAGUUAGUGUAUGGUAUGUAUAUGCAUUUAUCACAGAUUUAGCCCUAUUUCUAAUAAUUUAACUAAGAGAUACCAAUUAAUCUAAAAAAAAUAAGAUUAUAAAACAGUGAAAACUAGUGAAGUAAAAUGGUUUUCUAAUGUACCAAACAGAGCCGGUUUCUAGUGCAUAAAGGAAGGUGUGAGUCGCCAUACAGCAAAGGCUGUGCCUGGGCUCAGCUGCAUGCCUGUUGGCGUCUAAGGCAAGCAUUUGAGUUAACGCACAAAAUACAAAAUAAUUUGAAAUGAAAGCACAAACUGUUAUAAAUACAGUAAGAACAUCCUUUGAUUAAAAAUGCUAUAAGUGAAAAGUUGGUUUUAAGAUAUUUUUCAGAGCCAGGUGUGAUGGUGCACACCUUUAAUCCCUGCACACGGGAGGCUGAGACAGGCAGAUCUCUGAAUUCAAGGCCAGCCUGGUCUACAGAGAAAGUUGUAGGACAACCGGGGCUAUAGAGGGAAGCCUUGUCUCAAAAAAAACAAAAGAAAAAAGUUUUUUCCUCAUCUUUUUUGGUGUGUGUAGAUUAAUAUUUACACCAAUUAAUAUUUCACGACCCCGUGACCCUUGCUUCCUAUCUUUUUGUUAUGAUGUGGUCUCACUAAGCAAAUCCUCCAUUUACACUUUAUAGCUAGGCUCUGGGAAUUAACUUUCUGUAUGAAAUAAUAGUCAAAAUGAAAUGAAUUAAACAAACUGGCCAGUUUUCUAAGAAUCGUUUUAGCCACUUUGUGUUGCCAGCAUCAAAUUUAAAAUGGUUUUCGUUUAGAUAUACAGCAGCUGUUACAACUGUAAGCCAGAAGUGUCCAUACUUCAUCCUUCAACAACUUCCCUUUAAUACUUUUCAGCUUUCAUGAAGCUUCAUCCCACUUAUAGAAAAAGACAGUUAGGAGGAAAUACCUGGUUUAUAUAAUUUAAAAGAAUGAUUGAUGCCAUCUGCACCAGGUCAGAUUAAGGACUACAGCAUCUGAAGGUUUCAGGAGUUCUAAGUGACUUUUAAGUUAAUGUUACUAGUAAGAAAACAAAAAUGUAAAAAGUUAAGUUAGAAGUAAGGUUUUCAAAUAUGGAAAUAUAUUAAGAAACCAGGGAGGGAAGAGUUGUCAUUUAAAAUCUCAGUCCUUGACUAGCAACCCUUUCCUUUCCAACCCACCUUCAGUGCUAGAAGAGGCCCUACAGGGAAUGAGCUACUCUGUCUGCCGUGCACACAUCCAUCCUCAGGAAACCAAGGCUUAAAGAAGUUGUGAAAUAAGGUCCAUAACUAAGAAGCAGAGCCAUAAUCAAACCUUGUCUCUAGUCAGAUGCGUAUUAAUGCUCUGUUGCCUCCUGUUAGCCAUACUUAAGUAAAUAUGGUAUUUUCCAUAUCUGUAACUUGUUUGUUUCUGGUCUCGUAGUUGGUGACCACAUUAAAAAAAAAGUAUUAACUCCAUAAAAAAGGUAAAAUAAUAAAUAUAGAUGGGGAUGUGUUCAAAAUGUAGGUAUCUGUUAUAGCACAUUAUUCUUUUCUAAUUUAUGCCUUAUGAAUUUUCUACCACAUAACAGUUAUAUGCUGCCAUGUUAUUUGUAUUUGUGGGGAUUUGUUUAAAUAUAAAAUAAACCCAAUGAACUUACUUUGAUCAGUGUUUCUAACUAUUUGAAAGUGAUUUUUGAGUCAUCCAGUUUUUAGUCACCAGAGGUAGGUAACAUACACUGUGGGGGAUUUGAAAAUAAAGACGAAAUAAAUUCAAUUCCAUUAAUUUUUAAUCUAGAGAGAGACUGUUCCUUACUGUGCUUAGAGCAGAUAAAAGCAAUAUUUCUGUAUGUUAUUGAAAAAGAUUUAUAGUGAGUAUGAAGCUUACGAAUCCAUGAACAGUGACCCCUGUGUCAUUUAUAAUAUAUAUACCUUAUAAAAAUGACUCAGGUGUGGUAGUCUCAGCUAUAGAAGCUCAGUAUCUCCACCCGGUAGGUAGUCUCAGUUCCAUUUAGUAGCCUUUGGAUCUGUUAGAAUUAUUUAUUAGAUAUGAGAAUACCGAGAACUCUUUCAAAUUGUUCUUGUUUGCACUACUUUUGUGAAUACUUUAAUGCAAAGGUGUGGUUUUGCUUACCUUGCUUUAUGAGGUUUAUUUGGGUCCACUUUUGAGUACUUCAGUUGUUGGCAAUCAGCUGUCUAUUUAAUUCACUGCAUGUACAUUUAUAAGUAAGAAUACUAGUUUCUGUCUUUAUGGCUAGGGUAACAUACUGUACAAACACUGGCAAGGAGGACCACUCCAUUUCUGAACUUGGUUACAUUAUAAAGUAAGGGUUUUUUUAAACCAAAAAUAUAUAUAUUGUUUUCCAAUUAUAAAAAGAUUAAUACGUCAUGCUAGUGAUAAAUUCUACAGGAAUCUUAGAGCAGCUUUUCUGUACUGUGGUAUGUUAAGCAUUUGGAACAGGAGGUUUUCUUUUUUAAGCUUAAUGACUACUGUUUCAACACCAAGUUGGGUGAGACCUUUACUAUAAUACUUUUAAUUUUCUUAAAAUGGUUUUCAAAAAUAAGUGAUUGAAAAUUAGCUAUUUGACAAAUACUCUAAAAAAAUAGAAUAUUUGCCAGAUUAUAUAAACAUGGAAUACAGUGUAAAGUAAUGCUAAUAAAAUCAUGAGUCAUCAGAUUGGUACAAUUUUCCAUGCAAAUGUGGUAAGACAAAUUUUAGUAUUGUUUAUAUUGUAUCAAUCUGAUGGAUAUAUCACCCUGGUACUGAGCUAUAUAGGAACUACUAAUUCAUAUAGGAGGCACAACCCAGUCUCUUGUCCUUGUAGGUGCAUUGAUUAACCCUAACCUCAUAAUGACAAAAUUUUGCAUUUUUUUUUCUCCAGUAUUUUUGUAAUAUUAGCCAUUUGUCCUGUGAUAAACAUAUACAACACCAAAUAAUUCAGGAUACAGUUUCACAGAAAUCUAGGAAUGAUGUGAAAUAACUGGCAGCAUAGUGCAGAAAGAGUUUCUAUGUUUUGCUUCUGAACUUUGAGAAGAUGGGUUUGUAAUGUUUACAAAUUAAGUUGUAUUCAUAUGUCUGAUGUUGUACUACUGCAUUAAUAUGGUUUUACCAAAAAGUAGAAUUAAGUGUAUUUGAGGUGUAUUAAAUGAGUCUUUUUUUAAAAAAAAAAAGUUGUGUAUCUGGAGGUAGGUCUAACAGAUCUUUUUAUUUACAAAGAGAAAAGAAGCUAAUUGGAUAGUCUAUCCCCAUCUACAGGAUUGCUAUGUGGCUUGCUGUAUUUGAGUGCAAACAGUUCAGUGUUAAUCAUAGCAGAAGACAGUUUUACAUCAUCAUCAAUUUAUAAAAUUUACCAAAGAAAAGGUUACUGACCAAAAUUAUUUUUAAAGUACCUGUUAAGGAACGUGCUUCCUUUAAUGUAAUGAUUGCUUUCUAAGCCUGAAACAAAUACUAACACAUUAUUUGAACUGGAGAACACAUAUAUAGUAAAUAGAUAUACAAGAUUCUAUUUUUCCCUACAUCAAUAAGAUGUCAAUACUCCAAUAAAAGUACCAAUUAAAGAAUAAGUCUUAAUUUUAUUCCUUAUAACAUAUUUUUAUUAAAAUUGAGGAUUUUGCUUAUCAGUAUUGAAUAUAAAGGGGGUAACUCCUGAAGUUGGUAUGUUGUAUAUUGUGGGUUUAGGUAAACUUACAGGGGAAAUUAUUGAAAGGGUACCCCUCAGUGGGCAAUGGCAUUUAUUUCUAGUGUAAUAUUAGCUAAACUGGUAUGGCUAGUUUACAUUGAUUUGUGUAUGUGUUUGCUCUUGACUGCUUUUUGUCUUUGCAUUUAAAACAUGAUUGGGUUAAAGGAAGCUAAAAUAUUUGCUUCUAAAAUAUGUAGGCCAAAAACAUCUGAAGGGUUUAAGCUACUUAAUGAUAUCUUAAAUCAUGAAACAUAGUUGGGUUUUUAAACUGCUUUUCCACAUUAGUAACACAUUACUGUUAAUAAACAUUGGACUGGCAUGGUGGCACAUGCCUUUAACAGGGAUUAACAGACAGAUCUCUUGAAUUCAAGGCCAGCCUAGUCUACAGAGUUGAGUUCCUGGGCAGCCAGGGCUACAUGGUGAAACCUGUCUUAAAACAACAAACAAAAAUGUAUUGCUCUUGGGAAGAGAAGAUUGGCUUUCAAAUAAUGACUGAUAAUGCUUUGAAUUUUUUUAAAUUUUAUUAUCUAAGCAGAAUGCAAAGAUUUGUUCAAUGUGGUGUUAAAAAUAUUAGUACGAAAUUUAUCCUGUGUCUUAUAUUGGAUCUUUUUGGUUCUUCUAAAAACUAGGCUUGGCUUUACAUUUAGUUUAAAAUUGGUUAAAUGAAACUGCUUUUGCAGUGCAAGGAUUUUACUACCUUGGCUGUCUGUAAUGUGAUUUCUGUAACAGGUAAACAGAAUACCCCACUUUCAUUAUUUGUUUCAUAAAAGGAUAUAUUAGAUCAGCCUGUUGUUGUUUUUAACCAUCAAUUUAUAGCUUAGUAUAAACUUCCAAACUGUUGAGAGGAUUCUGUUGGUGAAAAGUCUAGGCAGGAGUUUAAAAAGUAUGAUCUUAUUGACUGAUGUCCUUUCAAUUUAGGACUAGUGGAAAAAUCUUUUUUUCAGAGCUGAAGAAAAAAAAUGCACACAUAAGAUCCUAUGUAUUGGUGCAUGUGAGCCAUUGUCUUGUCUUAUCCAAUGGAUUAAUGCUGUUAAUAGUUGACAUGUGAAGUGUGUCACUGUUAAACUUGUAAAUAUUUGCCAGAGGUGAAAAUAUUUUAAGUUAUUGUAAAUAAAGAUGUAUAAAAUCCAGUAUCAGUCUGCAAUGCAGAAGCAUAACAUCUCAGAUGUUAAAUAUUGUGUCUUUUCAGGGAUGUGUUAUUUCUCCCUUGAUGUAUCUAGCUACAUUAAGAAUGUAAAUUUUCUUUUGUACAGUAUAAAAAUACAGCUUUAUUUGCCUUUUAA